CAGUAAUCCUCCAUCUUUAACAACAUAGAUAUUAAAAAGCGCCAGUUACACGUCAGUAUUGGACUUCCUCUGCGUGUCAAGUUGUCUUAAGUUUCAAAACAUAUUUCGACUGUGUCAGUAAGUGCGAUAUUAUAUUAUCUCUAGAAGAACGAAAAAACAAAAGUUGCUGUGAUAAUUUCGUUCUUUUGCCAUUUCAGCAGAACAAAACCAAUACUCAGGAAAAGCUUUAUUAAGACAAGGAAGAGUGAUUUUGUCAAAACAAGUAAUUUCUUUACCCCGAAAGAUUUAAACUCAAGAAAGUCGUCCAAACAAAGAUAUCCAUUUAGGGAACCGAUAAACAACACGCAUGGUUUUUUUAAAUUUAUCCGAGAUAGAGCCUGCAUCAUCGUCUAACGCAAAUUCGAUCGUUCGUUGGUUUAAGCGUCUACAUCACCGAAACCAAAAACAGGUGCAAGAACAAAUUUUCGGUCGUCCCCUGCAGUACGUGGUCAAUAUUUCCUCCGUUGCUUUGUUCGUAAAGAGCGAAGAUAACAGAAGAGUUUUGUACGGCCAUGUUCCUACAAUCGUUGCAAAGUGCGGCUACUAUCUCAAACAAAAUGCAACUAAUGUCAAGGGUAUUUUUCGCAUAAACGGCUCGUCUAAACGCAUUCGGAAGCUAGAAGCCAUAUUCAAUAGUGCACCUAGUUAUGGAAGGGAUGUGGAUUGGUCCGAAUUCACUGUUCACGAUGCUGCAACUAUUCUUCGGCAGUUUUUGAAAUCCCUACCAGAGCGUGUCAUACCCUCUGAACACUACUUCGCUUUUCGACAGGUCAUGUUACUAACGGGGACAAGCGAUGAGAACAAGAUUCUCAUGCUCGAAAGGUUGAUGGAUUUAUUGCCACGGGCAAAUCAUUACGUUUUGCUUUAUAUCUUGGACUUAUUAAGUGUGUUUGCAUUGAAAGCAUCGCGUACACUUAUGACGGCCCGCAAUCUAGCUGCGAUUUUUCAGCCUGGCGUCUGUUCGCACCCAAGUCAUGAUAACAUUCCCGAAGAGUACUUUGCUUCACAAGAAUUACUGUUGUUUUUAAUUAAGCAUCAGGAACACUUCUUGCGACCUCGCACAGAACUGUCCAAGGUUUCGCAUAGAAAACUGACUGAAAUCGUCACGAAACCACAUUGUCUGGAACAGACCGCUCCCGUGACAAUUAUUCCACUGCACAGGUUGCGCCGACAUCCAACCGUUCCUUCGAAAAAAACUUCGCUUUCAAAGGCAACAGUAGAUGCGAAACCAUCGCACAGAGUUUUUCGCUCAAAAUCGCUAAACCUUCGACUUGGCAAACGCUCUGCGGACAGAAAUGCAGAAGCACCGCUGUAAUCUGGCGUGCCAAAAGUUUCAUACCUCUUUCGUUUUCUUUUUUUGAAUGUGUUUUGCUUGUCUAAAUGACAUCUCUAGUUUUGUUUUAACCAUUGUACAUAUCACUUUUUCAAUUCACUCUUUUGCCAAAUUCAUUAGUUGCGAGCCAUAGACCAACCUGAAGUUAACAGGCUGCUUCUGGUGGUUACAGUCCUGUACCACUUUUGCCGUCUUGGACUCGUUUUUCACUCCUUCAAAUGUUUAUACGAAUGAAAAAUAACAUAGUGAUGCUUUUUUAGCACUAGUAGAGUACACAUCUUUGUCCCGUUACAAAAUUCU